GUGCGUUGAGAGUUUCUGCGUUGUACUGUGUAAUUCAAAAAAAAAAAAACCCUAUUCUAGCUACAAAGAAAUAAGCAUCGAAACACAAAGGUUCAUUUGAAAAUCUCUGAAAUUUCAUCAAACACCCCUGUCCAAAAUUCAUAAAAAAAAUUUGAGCUGUGGCGCCAUCUCCCAUCCCACCCAGCUUUUGCUGUACCACCAUGCCGCGACCGGAGCUACACUCCAAUCUCCCACUCGAUCCCCACAAAAACAAUUUGGGUAAAUUCGACAACGCCGCUACACUCCAAUCUUCCACUCGCAUCUCAUCUCGCAUCAACCAUGGCCGCCGCCGUCGCCGCCGCCGCCUGCCACUCCCCGGCGCGCCUCGUGGUCACCUGCUCGAGCUCCGCCACGCCCGCGCCGCCGCGGCGCCCGCUGCGGGUGGCCGUGGUGGGCGGCGGCCCCGCGGGCGCGUCGGCGGCCGAGGCGCUGGCGUCGGCGGGCGCGCAGGCGUUCCUCCUCGAGCGCAACCCGUCGGGCGCCAAGCCCUGCGGCGGCGCCAUCCCGCUCUGCAUGCUCGACGAGUUCGCCAUCCCGCGUGACCUCGUCGACCGCCGCGUCACCCGCAUGCGCGUCCUCUCGCCGUCCAACCUCGCCGCCGACUUCUCCCGCGCGCUGCCCCCGGGCGCCCACAUCCCCAUGCUCCGCCGCGAGGUGCUCGACUCCUUCCUCCGCCGCCGCGCCGCCGACGCCGGCGCCACCCUCGUCCCGGGCCUCGUCACCUCGCUCUCCCUCCCCGCCGACCCCGCCACCGACCCUUACCUCGUCCACUACAUCUCCUCCGACUCCGGUGGCCCCUCCUCCUCCCGGUGCGUCCUCGAGGUCGACGCCGUCAUCGGCGCGGACGGCGCCAACAGCCGUGUCGCCCGCGAGGUCGGCGCGGGGGACUACUCGACGGCCAUCGCGUUCCAGGAGCGCAUCCGCCUCCCCGACGAGGCCAUGGCCUACUACGACGACCUCGCCGAGAUGUACGUCGGCGGCGACGUCUCCCCGGACUUCUACGGCUGGGUCUUCCCCAAGUGCGACCACGUCGCCGUCGGGACGGGCACGGUGGCCGCCAAGCCGGAGAUCAAGAGGCUCCAGUCGGGCAUCCGCGCGCGCGCGGCGGGCAAGGUCGCCGGCGGCCGCGUGGUCAGGGUGGAGGCGCACCCGAUCCCGGAGCACCCGCGCCCCCGCCGCGUGGUGGGGCGCGUGGCGCUCGUCGGCGACGCGGCGGGCUACGUCACCCGGUGCUCCGGCGAGGGCAUCUACUUCGCGGCCAGGUCGGGGCGCCUCUGCGGCCGCGCCAUGGCCGACGAGUGGCGGCUCACCGGCGCGGUGACGGAGGCCGGGAUACGGGCGGGAUACCUCCGGCGGUGGGACGACGAGUUCCGCCCCACGUUCCGGUUCCUGGACCUGCUGCAGCGGGUGUUCUACGGCGGGAACGCCGGGAGGGAGGCGCUGGUGGAGAUGUGCGCCGACGAGCACGUGCAGCGCCGGACGUUCGACAGCUACCUGCACAAGCGGAUGGCGCCCGCCGAGCCGUGGGGGGACCUCCGCCUGCUGUGGCGCACGGCGGCGGCCAUGGUGCGCUGCGGCGUGCUCGGCAGGGAGGUCGAGCGCCUCCGCCGUCUCGAGCAGCAGGCCGCCGACCAGGUGCUCCUCCGCCAUUGAAGAUGUGUGUACUGCUCUGCUCUCUCUCUUUCUCAUGUUUUGUAGUAGCAACUCUGCAUUUGCAAAUUGCAAUAGUAUCUUACAUAAAGAUGCUGCUGCUAGUAAUAAGCAUGGUAAUUUUUGGGAUGCUUUAACUUCUAAGCAAUAAUAUGACAUUUUUAUUCA